AUGUUUAGCUGUUUAUUUCCUCCAUUGCGAAUAUGUCUUGAAUGUGUUCAAGGGCCAAGUUUUACAGCAACUCAGAGUUAUGCGCAGUUUCAAAAUGAAACUCGAUCAGUGCGAUUAGAUACUUCUCAUAUGGGUAAGUUUUUUAUUUUCCUUAUAUUUAACAAAUUAAUUUUAACCUUUCUAGGUGAUGAAGUAGUGCUUUUAAAAAAUGGUCAAAGGAUAUGUGGAGUUGGCGGUGCAUUGGCCACUGCUCCUAUUUUACAAAAUAAGGCUUAUUUCCAAGUGAGCAUUCAGCAAAGUGGAAUUUUCGGUGUUGGUGUUGCUAACCCUUCAGUCAAUUUGAAUUCAGUCCCUUUAAGUAAAAAUAGUUGGUUUUUAAAAGAAGAUGGGCAGUUAAUGGGAAAUAGUGAAGUUGUUGGUCAUUUAACGGAACCACUGGAGGAGGGUGACUGUAUAGGAGUCGCAUUCGACCAUGUUGAUUUGCAAUUUUAUAGAAAUGGUUUGCGGUUACCCUUAUCGAUAUCUAAUAUUAAAGGACAGAUUUUUCCAAUGGUUUAUGUUGAUAAUGGUGCAAUUUUGGAUGUAUCAUUUUCUUCAUUUGGUUACAAUCCACCACCUGGUUAUGAAGAAAUUAUGUUGGAACAAACAAUACUAUAA